UUAGCAAGGAUUGUUUCAUUUCAGGAAUAAGCAACUUGAAAGUUUGAAGGUCGAGAUAUGUGCCACUCAAGGUUUGAGGUGUUUUGUGUAAAUGCUUACAUAAGUAUUUUAUGCAAUCAAAGUCUUUAUUAUGGUUUUCUGUUUUAAUUUAGUACUAUUGGGGCACUCAAAGAUAUAUUUUUGAUAUCCAAUCUAUGAGUGGUGACAUUAAGUAUAAUCUGUAGUCUCUUCCAAAUAAAUAUCAUGGGUAAAAUUUAUGACAAAUUAUUGAUUUUUACACAUUGUAAUUCUAUAACCCUCCCUCACAAUUGCAAAACCUAAACCCUAUGGUCAAAUUUUAACAAAUAUAAACCAACUCCACAACUCUAAAGAAGGUGCUAUAUCUAAAUAAUAGCUCAAUUAAAAUAAUUUCUCUCGUUAAUAACUCUUAGUAUGGCCUCAAUCUCAUCUAAUAGAUUACUCUCACUCAAAGAGCUUGCAGACUUCAUGAAUCAACUCUCAUUCCGAUGCCUCUGGAGUCCACUCAAGGUGAGACUCAAGACAAAAUCGAUUCAGUAUUAUGAGAUGCUAAUGCCUCCAUUUCACCCUCCUAGAACCUUAAAUAAGAAUAACAAUAUUGGUUUAUAA